CGCCCAGCUGCGGGGGAACGGUUUGAGGGAGACACAGGGCCGCGAGGAGGCUGCGGCGAUGCUCCCGUCUUUGCAGGAGUCGCUGGAUGGGGAUGAUAAGGAGCUGGAGAGCAGCGAGGAGGGUGGCUCUGCGGAGGAGCGGAGACUCGAGCCGCCACCCAGCAGACACUAUUGUCUGUACAGCUACCGCGGAAGCAGAUUGACACAACAUCGAGGGGAGAGUGAUGAUGGCCGUUCAAGUAGUACAAAUGCAGAAACUCCCUCUGGUGAUGAUUUCAGCCUCUCCUUGCUGGAUACAAAUCUACCAUCUGAAGUGGAGCCAGAGCUUCGCAGUUUCAUUGCUAAGCGUCUUUCCAAGGGAGCCUUCUUUGAAGGGCUGGGUAAUGUUGCAUCUGUAGAGCUGAGAAUUCCAGGUUACCGAGUUGGUUGUUAUUACUGCCUUUUCCAGCAGGACAAACUGCUUCCUGAAACAGCAGCAAUGGGAUCUGAACAUAACCCUUCUGAGUAUGUGGUCUGCUUCUUAGGAGGGUCUGAAAAAGGACUGGAGCUUUUCAGGCUUGAAUUGGACAAGUAUAUUCAAGGGCUGAAAAAUAACAUGAACUGCGAGGAAAGCAGCCUGGGGAAUGAUGUAAAGUCCUAUCUGAACAGCUGGUAUGAGGAUGUGGUGUGUCCGAUCCAAAGGGUGGUUCUUCUCUUUCAGGAGAAACUGACCUUUCUGCUACAUGCCGUAAGUAUUGUGCAUCAAAGAGUAUGCCCAGGUAGAAACUCCUCGGCAAGCCAGGUGGCGGUGCCUCAGUUCUACAAUGCAGGAAGCAACCGUUUUUGUGAGGACUGGAUGCAGGCUUUUUUACAUGGUGCUGAAGCGGGUAACCCUUUUCUUUUCAGACAAAUCCUGGAGAAUUUUAAACUAAAGGCUAUACAAGACACAAACAAUCUGAAGAGAUUUAUCCGACAGGCAGAGAUGAAUCACUAUGCUUUGUUUAAAUGUUACCUGUUCCUUAAGAACUGUGGCAGUGGAGAUAUUCUUUUGAAGAUUGUUAAAGUGGAACAUGAAGAAAUGCCCGAAGCCAAAAGUGUGGUGGCAGUCCUUGAAGAAUUCAUGAGAGAAGCACUCGACUGAGCUUUUGAUCAUGACGUGUAUUGA